CCCUCCAUCGCGAGCUGUCACAUUAUGCCUCUUCCUGGUGUGAUUGUUGCUGCAUCUAAAAUGGCAAAUUUUCGAGCAAGAACUGUCUCGUUUAGGAACACUACUGUGAAAGAAUAAGCGACGCAUCGCAAGAGGAGACACCGGAGAGCGGGUGGUAGCUGUCACGAGCGGUGUGUUAGCACUCUCGUCACGCUACGCACCUCUCUUUCCCCCCACUGUGCUAGCUGGUUAGCUCAGAUAGUAAAUAUUAGCUGCUCGGGGAAAGGCUUGCUCGUUAUAGAUCGUUAAAAUGGCCACAAUGGAGAAACUCAUGAAGGCCUUUGAGUCUCUGAAGUCGUUUCAGCAGCAGCAGGGACCACCGACGGCAGAGGAGCUUGUGCAAAAGCAGAAAAAAGAGCAAGCUGCAACAAAGAAGGACAGGGUGACCCACUGCUUGACAAUAUGUGAAAACAUUGUGGCUCAGUCUCUGAGAACAUCUCCAGAGUUUCAGAAGCUGCUUGGGAUUGCCAUGGAGAUGUUCCUUCUCUGCAGUGAUGACAGUGAAUCGGACGUCCGGAUGGUCGCAGACGAGUGCCUCAACAAAAUCAUCAAAGCGCUGAUGGACUCGAACCUGCCUAGACUGCAGCUGGAGCUGUACAAAGAGAUUAAAAAGAACGGUGCCUCGCGGAGUUUAAGAGCAGCUUUGUGGAGGUUUGCUGAGCUCGCCCAUCUUAUCCGACCUCAGAAAUGCAGGCCUUAUCUGGUCAACCUGCUGCCGUGCCUCACCAGAAUCACCAAGCGGCAGGAGGAAACGGUGCAGGAGACGCUGGCUGCAGCCAUGCCCAAAAUUAUGGCAGCCUUGGGACAUUUUGCUAAUGAUGGCGAGGUUAAGGUGCUGCUGAAGUCAUUUGUUGCCAACUUGAAGUCCAGCUCCCCCACCAUCCGACGCACAGCAGCCAGCUCGGCCGUCAGCGUGUGCCAACACUCCAGACGCACGAGCUACUUCUACACCUGGCUCCUUAAUGUGCUGCUGGGCCUGCUGGUUCCAGUGGACGAUGAACACCCCAGCCACCUAAUCCUGGGGGUGUUGUUAACUCUUCGCUACCUGAUGCCUCUGCUGCAGCACCAAGUCAACACCUCCAGCCUCAAAGGAAGCUUUGGAGUCAUGCGGAAGGAGGCUGAUGUACAGCCAACACCUGAGCAGCUGCUGCAGGUUUACGAGCUGACCCUAAACUACACACAGCACUGGGAUCACAACGUGGUGACGGCUGCCAUGGAGCUGCUGCAGCAGAUGUUUCGGACCCCUCCGCCGGAGCUCCUGCACAUGCUCAUCACAGCCGGCAGCAUUCCACACGCCACCGUGUUCCGUCAGGACACGGAGAGCCGCGCUCGCUCCGGCAGCAUCCUCGAGCUCAUCGCGGGGGGAGGGUCUUCCUGCAGUCCACUGCUUCUCAGGAAACAGAGAGGUAAGGUGCUUUCUGGUGAGGAAGAUGGUUUGGAGGAUGACCCUGAGAAAACGGAGGUGACUGCUGGAGCCUUUACAGAUGGCUCCUCUGCCGCCCAGGUGGACAUUAUCACCGAGCAGCCACGCUCUUCCCAGCACGCUCUACAGCCCGGUGACUCUGUGGACCUCAGCGCCUCCUCAGACUGGACAUCUGCAUCAGGCACCCCCGAAUCACCCAAUAACAACGAGGAGGAAAUGCUGAGUCGGAGCUCCAGUGGGGCCAACGUGACCCCGGAGACGGCGGACUACACCACACCAGAAAACGCCACUCCCGAGGGAGGGCCCCUCGGAGGGGCUGGGGCGCCGCUCGGACCCAACGACCACUCGCUUCCACCCAGUGACUCAUCUCAGACAACCACAGAGGGACCAGAUUCAGCUGUGACCCCUUCAGAUGUAGCAGAACUGGUUCUUGAUGGCAGUGAAAGCCAGUACUCUGGAAUGCAGAUAGGAACGCUACAAGACGAAGAAGAUGAAGGAGCAGCACCUUCCUCCCAAGAAGAACCCUCAGAACCAUUCUUGCAGUCAGCACUUGCUCUGAGUAAGCCUCAUCUUUUCGAGGGCCAAGGCCACAACCGGCAGGGCUCAGACAGCAGCGUGGAUCGCCUUAUACCGAAGGAUGAACCUGCUGAACCUGAACCUGUUAAUAAGCCAUCAAGAAUAAAGGGUCCAAUUGGACACUACACAGACCAGGAGUUGGAGCCACUAGUGCACUGUGUCCGACUUCUUGCUGCUUCGUUUCUUCUGACGGGGCAAAAAAAUGGGUUAAUUCCUGAUAAAGAGGUGCGAGUGAGCGUGAAGGCCUUGGCGGUCAGCUGCAUUGGAGCAGCAGCAGCACUGCACCCUGAAGCCUUCUUCAACUCUCUCUACUUGGAGCCACUGGAUGGUGUUCCAGCAGCAGAGAGACAACAUAUUAGUGAUGUUCUCUGCCUGAUUGAUCAUGGGGACCCACAGAUCAGAGGUGCCACAGCCAUCCUCUGUGGAGCCAUCAUACAAGCAGCACUAACCAAAACACGUUAUAACAUACACACCUGGCUGGCCAGUGUGCAGAGUGCAACAGGCAACCCUCUGUCCCUGGUGGAUUUGGUGCCUUUACUACAAAAAACUCUAAAAGAUGAUUCCUCCGUCACGUGUAAGAUGGCUUGUUGUGCAGUCAGGCACUGCAUCAUGACGCUGUGCAGCAGCACUCUGAGUGAGCUCGGCCUUCAGUUGGUGAUAGACCUCUUUGCUCUCCGGGAAUGUUCCUACUGGCUUGUUCGCACUGAGCUCUUGGAAACCUUGGUUGAUUUAGACUUCAGAUUAAUCAGUUUCUUGGAGAGAAAAACGGAAACGUUACACAGAGGAGAUCACCAUUACACUGGGCAACUUCGUCUGCAGGACAGAGUUCUGAACGAUGUGGUUAUAAAUCUGUUGGGAGACGACGAUCCAAGAGUACGACACGUGGCGGCGUCUGCUGUUAGCCGGCUAGUUCCAAGACUGUUCUAUGACUGUGAUCAAGGCCAGGUGGAUCCUGUGGUGGCGAUUGCUCGGGACCAGAGUUCAGUUUAUCUUCAGCUGCUUAUGCAUGAGACACAACCCCCCUCCCAGUUCACAGUUAGCACAAUCACAAGGACGUACCGAGGCUACAACUUUUCCAACAGUGUGUCUGAUGUCACGAUGGAAAACAACUUGUCCAGAGUUGUAACUGCAGUCUCCCACGCUUUCACUUCCUCUACCUCCAGAGCACUAACUUUUGGCUGCUGUGAGGCUCUGUGCCUCCUGGCAUCAAACUUUCCAGUUGGCACUUGGAGCACAGGCUGGCACUGUGGCUACGUUAGCUCUAGUAGCAACUUCUCUUCCCGCUCGAGUCUGAACCGCAGCAGAGGCAGGACCCUCAGUUUGUCACAGACGAGCAACACUCCAGCCUCUUCGAGCACCACUUCAUCUGCACCAGACGCUGAGCGCAGGACCCUGAUUGUAGGAACGGCUAACAUGGUGCUCUCCUUACUGUCUUCUGCCUGGUUUCCUCUGGAUCUCUCAGCACAUCAAGAUGCACUUUUGCUUUCUGGCAACCUGCUUGCUGCUGUGGCGCCUAAAUGUUUGCGCAACCCCUGGGCUGGAGAGGAGGAGGGCAGCAGUGGGAACACCAGCGGCGGUCCAAAUAAAAUGGAGGAACCCUGGCCGGCAUUGUCAGAACGCUCUCUGGUGGUCAUGGUGGAGCAGCUGUUCUCCCACCUGCUGAAGGUCCUCAACAUCUGUGCUCAUGUGCUGGAUGACACACCACCUGGACCAGCAAUGAAAGCUGCUCUUCCUUCUCUCAGCAACACCCCGUCCCUCAGUCCUAUCCGGAGGAAAGGCAAAGAGAAGGAGGCUGCUGAGCCCAACCCUUCUCCCAUGAGCCCAAAGAAAAGCAGUGAGGUCAACACAGGCAGGCCAUCAGACAGCACAGGGUCAACAGCCGUAAACAAAUCUACCACCCUCGGUAACUUCUACCACCUGCCUCCCUAUCUCAAGCUCUACGAUGUCCUCAAAGCCACCCAUGCUAACUACAAGGUGACACUGGAUCUCCACAGUAGCCAGGAGAAGUUUGGAAGUUUCCUGCGUUCUGCUCUAGAUGUUCUGUCUCAGCUGCUGGAGUUGGCCACAUUGCAUGACAUUGGGAAGUGUGUAGAAGAAAUUCUUGGCUUUUUGAAGUCCUGCUUUUCCAGAGAACCAACCAUGGCUACUGUUUGUGUCCAGCAGUUGUUGAAGACCCUGUUUGGAACCAACCUGGCCUCCCAGUAUGAAGGCGUCUUGUGUGGUCCCAGCCGCUCCCAGGGCAAAGCCCUUCGACUGGGCUCCUCCAGCCUGCGACCGGGUCUCUACCACUACUGCUUCAUGGCUCCGUACACACACUUCACCCAGGCUCUCGCUGAUGCUAGUUUACGUAACAUGGUGCAGGCUGAACAGGAGCAGGAUGCAUCUGGAUGGUUUGAUGUGAUGCAAAAAGCUUCCAAUCAGCUGAGGUCUAACAUUGCAAAUGCAACACGUCACAGAGGAGACAAGAAUGCCAUUCACAACCACAUCAGACUGUUUGAGCCUCUGGUGAUCAAAGCUCUGAAGCAGUACACCACCAGCACCUCUGUGGCCCUGCAGAGACAGGUGCUGGACCUGCUUGCUCAGCUUGUGCAGCUUAGAGUCAACUACUGCCUGCUGGACUCAGACCAGGUGUUCAUAGGCUUUGUUCUGAAGCAGUUUGAAUAUAUUGAAGUGGGACAGUUCAGGGAUUCUGAAGCCAUCAUUCCCAGCAUCUUUUUCUUUCUGGUGCUGCUGUCGUAUGAGCGAUACCACUCCAAGCAGAUCAUCAGCAUUCCCAAAAUCAUCCAGCUCUGCGACGGCAUCAUGGCGAGCGGCAGGAAAGCUGUCACACACGCCAUCCCUGCCUUACAGCCCAUAGUUUAUGACCUAUUUGUCCUGAGGGGCUCAAACAAAGCAGAUGCAGGCAAAGAGCUGGAUACACAGAAAGAAGUGGUGGUGUCCAUGCUGCUCAGGCUUGUGCAGUACCAUCAGGUGUUGGAGAUGUUCAUCCUUGUGCUGCAGCAGUGUCACAAAGAAAAUGAGGACAAGUGGAAGAGGUUGUCUAGACAAAUAGCUGAUGUCAUACUGCCUAUGAUUGCUAAGCAGCAGAUGCUUCUAGACUCUCCAGAAGCAUUAGGAGUGUUGAACACUCUGUUUGAGACUGUGGCACCCUCAUCUCUCAGACCUGUAGACAUGCUGCUCAAGAGCAUGUUCACUAUCCCAGCCACCAUGGCGUCUGUCUCAACAGUCCAGCUGUGGGUGUCUGGCAUCCUGGCAGUCCUUAGAGUUUUAAUCUCCCAGUCCACUGAAGACAUUGUCCUGUCCCGGAUCCACGAGCUGUCUCUCUCCCCACAUCUGCUCUCCUGCCAGACAAUCUGCCGCCUGCAUCAGCAGACUCCUUCACCCAAUGACCCGCCUGCUGCUGACACGGUGUCUAACCAAGAAGCCAAUGGUGAAACACAGAAGUUUUCACCUGAGGAAACUUUUGCCAGGUUCCUCCUUCAGCUGGUAGGCGUGUUGCUUGAUGAUAUUUCCAGCAGACGGGUUAAAGUGGACAUUACUGAACAACAGCACACCUUCUACUGUCAGCAGCUGGGCACGUUGCUCAUGUGUCUUAUACAUGUCUUCAAAAGCGGAAUGUUUCGCAGGAUCACAGCUGCAGCCAGUCGGCUUCUGAAGGAUGAGAACGGACAGACGGGUCCAGAGGCUGGUCUCUUCUACCACUUAGAAGGGCUAAACAGCAUGGUGCAGUCUCUCCUCACCACCCAUCCAUCUCUGGUGCUGCUGUGGUGCCAGGUUCUUCUCAUUAUCAACUACACCAACUAUUCAUGGUGGGUGGAGGUCCAUCAGACACCCAGAGGUCACAGUCUUUCAUCUACAAAGCUACUAAGUCCUCAUUCCUCAGGGGAGGGUGAAGAAGAUGAGCCAGAGUCCCGGUUAACAAUGGUCAACAGAGAGAUUGUACGCAGAGGAGCCCUAAUUCUCUUCUGUGAUUAUGUGUGUCAGAAUCUCCACGACUCCGAGCAUCUGACCUGGCUAAUCGUCAACCACGUGCGUGACCUCAUCAGCCUUUCUCAUGAGCCUCCAGUUCAGGAUUUCAUCAGCGCCGUUCACCGCAACUCUGCUGCCAGCGGCCUCUUCAUUCAGGCCAUCCAGUCCCGCUGCGACAACCUCACUACUCCCACCAUGUUGAAGAAAACACUGCAGUGUUUGGAAGGCAUCCACCUCAGUCAGUCUGGAUCUCUGCUCAUGCUUUAUGUGGACAAACUACUCCACACACCCUUCAGGGUUUUGGCUCGGAUGGUGGACACGCUGGCGUGUCGCAGAGUAGAGAUGCUGCUGGCUGAGACUCUACAGAACAGUGUAGCUCAGCUGCCUGUGGAGGAACUGGAAAGGAUCCAAGAGUACCUCCAGACCAGUGGCUUGGCUCAAAGACAUCAGAGGUUCUACUCCCUGCUGGACAGGUUCAGAGCCACCGUUACCGACACCAGCAGCCCCACACCUCCAGUUACAUCACACCCGUUAGAUGGAGAUCCUCCUCCUGCCCCUGAAAACAUCACCGCUGACAAGGAAUGGUACGUGGCCCUGGUGACGUCUCAGUGCAGUGUUCUUGGGGAUGUUUCUCUGUUGGAGACAACAGAACUUCUGACUAAACUACCUCCUGAUGAUCUCUUCAGUGUCAUGAGCAGCAAGGAUUUCAACCUACGCUUGCUGUGCCCAUGUCUGAGUGUGGGAGUGCAGAGGUUAACCCGGGGUCAGGGGUUACUCUUGAUGGAGAAAGCCUGGCAGGUGACCCUCGAGCAAUUAGCAGAAGUCACAGGGUCGCUUCCUGCCCCUCACCAGUCUUUCCUGCCACCCCCACAUCCUCAGCCUUAUUGGAACCAGCUGGGUGACGUUUAUGAUGUGCCAGGUUUCUACCCCAAGGUUUUAUCACUCUGCAGAGCAUUGUCUCAGUAUUUGUUGAGCAUUAGUCAGCUGCCUCCAUCACUUCAUAUUCCCCCUGACAAGGAGCACCUAAUCACCACUUUCACUUGCACAGCCACUGAGGUUGUGGUGUGGCACCUGCUCCAGGACCAGUUGCCCCUGAGUGUGGAUCUGCAGUGGGCUCUUUCCUGUCUGUGUCUGGCCCUGCAGCAGCCUUGCAUCUGGAACAAGCUCUCCACCCCCGAGUACACCACAUACACCUGCUCCCUCAUCCACUGCCUGCGCCUCAUUAUUGUCGCAGUGGCUGUGAGUCCCGGUGACCUGCUGCUGCAUCCUGAGAAGAGAAGGCCACGUGGAGAAAGAGACUCUGAAGGAGACCAAGUGGACUUGGGACGUGCCAAAAACAAGUACGAAUGGGAAGCGUGUGAGAUCAUGGCAGAGCUGGUGGAAGGAAUGCAGAGCGUCCUUUCCUUAGGUCACCCAAAAAACUCAGUGUUUCCUGCUUUCCUCACACGAACACUGCGCAACAUUGUCAUCAGUCUGUCCAGGCUGCCUCUGGUCAACAGCUACACCAGAGUACCUCCACUGGUUUGGAAACUGGGCUGGUCCCCUCAGCCAGGUGGAGACUUUGGCACGACGCUGCCCGAGAUCCCUGUUGACUUUCUGCAGGAAAAGGACGUCUUCAGGGAGUUUCUGUAUCGCAUCAACACACUAGGCUGGAGUAGCAGGACUCAGUUUGAGGAAACAUGGGCCACUCUGCUGGGGGUGCUGGUCACCCAACCGAUCACAAUGGAUCAGGAGGAGGAGCCACAUCAGGAGGAGGACCUGGAGCGCACCCAGCUGAAUGUGUUAGCAGUGCAGGCCAUCACCAGCCUGGUGCUGAGCGCCAUGACCCUCCCCACUGCUGGCAACCCUGCAGCCAGCUGUCUGGAACAGCAGCCGCGCAACAAGAGUCUCAAAGCUCUGGAAACACGGUUUGGCAGGAAACUCGCAGUGAUUAGGGGUGAAGUGGAGCGGGAAAUUCAGGCUCUUGUCUCAAAGAGGGACAAUGUCCAUACACAGCAUCCAUACCACACCUGGGACCCUGUGCCGUCACUGUCGGCUGCCUCUGCAGCAGGGAUGUUAAUCAGCCACGAGAAACUGCUGCUUCAGAUCAACACAGAGAGGGAACUGGGCAACAUGGAUUACAAACUGGGGCAGGUCUCAAUCCACUCAGUGUGGUUGGGCAACAACAUCACUCCUCUAAGGGAGGAAGAGUGGGGUGAGGAUGAAGAAGAUGAAGCUGACACUCCAGCACCUGCCUCCCCACCUGUAUCUCCCAUAAACUCGAGGAAGCACCGUGCAGGUGUGGAUAUUCAUUCAUGUUCGCAGUUUCUCCUGGAGCUCUACAGCCAAUGGCUCAUUCCAGGCUCCCCAAGUAACCGGAGGACCCCGACCAUCCUUAUCAGUGAGGUGGUCCGAUCGCUGCUGGCAGUGUCGGACCUGUUCACAGAGAGGAACCAGUUUGACAUGAUGUUCUCCACCCUCAUGGAGCUUCAGAAGCUUCACCCACCAGAAGAUGAGAUCCUGAAUCAGUACCUGGUUCCUGCCAUCUGUAAGGCUGCUGCUGUGUUGGGCAUGGACAAAGUAAUGGCGGAGCCUGUGUGUCGUCUGCUGGAGACGACCCUGCGCAGCACCCACCUGCCCAGUCGUAUGGGAGCGUUGCACGGUGUCCUGUACGUGUUGGAGUGCGACUUGCUGGAUGAAACAGCCAAACAGCUGAUCCCUGCAGUGUCAGAGUACCUUCUGUCCAACCUCAAGGGUGUUGCUCACUAUGUGAACCUGCAUAACCAGCAGCAUGUGUUGGUGAUGUGCGCAGUGGCCUUCUACAUGAUGGAGAACUACCCUCUGGAUGUAGGAGCUGAGUUUAUGGCUGGGAUUAUACAGGUAUGUGGGAUGAUGGUGUCAGCCAGCGAGGACUCCACCCCCUCUAUCAUCUAUCACUGCGUGCUGCGAGGACUGGAGCGCCUCCUGCUGUCGGAGCAGUUGUCCCGCGUUGACAGCGAAGCUCUGGUCAAACUCAGCGUGGACCGAGUCAACAUGCCGUCACCACACCGAGCCAUGGCCGCCCUGGGCCUGAUGCUCACCUGCAUGUACACUGCGGUUCUGGCAUCAGGUUCAGAUGCGACAGGGGUUAGAGGUCAGGUUGACUCUGCUGUAGCGGAGGCGGUUGGCGUCACGGCAGGUCAUGUUGGUUUCUCCUCAGGCAAGGAGAAAGCCAGCCCCGCCGGCCGCCCCGCCCACUCUGACCCGCAAGCCCCAGACAGCGAGUCCGUCAUUGUUGCCAUGGAGAGGGUCUCUGUCCUCUUCGACAGAAUCAGAAAAGGUUUACCCAGCGAGGCCCGAGUUGUGUCCAGGAUUCUGCCCCAGUUUCUGGAUGACUUCUUCCCUACACAGGACGUGAUGAACAAGGUCAUCGGAGAGUUCCUGUCCAAUCAGCAGCCGUACCCGCAAUUCAUGGCCACCGUCGUCUACAAGGUCUUUCAGACACUCCACGCCACGGGCCAGUCUUCUAUGGUGCGAGACUGGGUGCUGCUGUCUUUGUCCAACUUCACUCAGAGGACACCGGUGGCCAUGGCCAUGUGGAGCCUGUCCUGCUUCUUUGUCUCUGCUUCCACCUCCCAGUGGAUCUCUGCCCUACUCCCACAUGUGAUCAGCCGCAUGGGCUCCAGUGAGACUGUGGACGUCAGCCUGUUCUGCCUGGUGGCCAUGGAUUUCUACCGGCAUCAGAUCGACGAGGAGCUGGAGCGUAGGGCUUUUCAAUCAGUGUUUGAGACCGUGGCCUCGCCGGGCAGCCCUUAUUACCAGCUGCUGGGCUGCCUGCGAUCAAUCCACCAGGAUGCGUCACUCUAAACACAACAACCCGACACCGGCACGAAGGCAAAGAGAGAGGAGGCCGGGGGGGACAAGUCAGUGAGAUGUCAUAAGAUGAGUAAUUAGAUCUACGUGUUCACUGUCCUGAUAAACUGGGAUUUACUGAAAGAACAAAAUGUUCUUUGGAAAAAGCUACUGUAGCUUCAUCUCUUCCCCCUUUUUUUCCACUGAUGUGUGCAACUACUGAUCCCAGCAGGGUGAAUUCAGAGAGUCCAGUUUUAAGAUGUUAAAUAUAAAAAAUGUCUGUUUCUGAUAGAAAAAUUAAAAUUCAGCAACUCUGUUAAGGACAAAACUCUGCCUCUGGCUGCAGCCGCGGUGAACUCCUCUGCACCUUUUCAUUUAAAAAAAAAACAACAAAAUAAGAUCAUUUAAGUCAAACACAAAACAGCUUUGUUUAUUUUCCUGUGAGGACUUGUUUGAGUAUUGUGAUGUCAGUAAAAUCCAUUAGAGAUGAUGUGUUUACUAUAUUUAAAGGCUCCAUGCAUCUAUUUUUAGUGGCUUUUGUUAAAAAAAGGCUUUGUGUCUGAUUGGGACAAAGACAAAGGCUGUGGCGCAGAGGGGUCAGAAACGCCUGCUUAACGUUUGUAAUCUGUGUAUAUUUAAAUUAUGUGGUCAUUCAGACACAGUCGAUAAUAAAGGAAAUUGUUUACGUGUAAGAAUGAUUUCUGAUAGCUGUAGCAAUUUAAUCUUUUCAAGAGAUGUGUAAGAUCUCGCUACUUCUCUGGAUGUCAUUAAAAGAACAAAAAGCAAAUAGAUAUAUACAAGUUUUAAAAAUAUAUAUAUAAAGUUUUUUUUGCCAAGUUUGUCAUUUUAACUGUUCAGGAGCCCAUAAACAGGAUUAUGAAAAAUUGUUAAAUUUAGUGUAAUUUUUAUUUGCCUUUUUCAUAACCAGUAGCAAAGUAUUUUUACUUAAGACUUGAUUCGUUUGCUUCUAUCUUUUUUUUUUAAUUUGCAGACUUGUGUGUUCAGUACAUCCCAAAGUUCCCACCUGUCCUUUCUUGUACUUCUUUCAUUCUCAGGACUUCAUUUUGUUGUUGUCAAAAAACUGGAAGUAGUCUUAAAUGGAGCUACCUUCGUAUAUUGUAAAAACCAAGUGUACAGUAACCUGAAAGCCAUGGUGCAUGAGAAAAUAACUUUGCGAAGGAGCAAAACUUUUAGAAAACAUGACGUUGCUUUCUCUUGUUUACACUCACUAAAGUAAAAACCGAGUCUGAAAGCUUCAAGUUUAUCGUGUUGAACUUGGAGUCGCCCGGGCGUUGUGUACAUACACCUGCCUUAGAUAAAAACUGAAUAUGUUCGUCCCGCACACUGAAAGCAUGUUCAGCACCGACUCCCGUGGUUCUCGCUUCGUGUCUAGUUCUGCAUUUCUCUGGGUCCUGUUGCGUGGAAGAGGUGCGACACAAUCCAAAGGGCGACCAACCGCAGCUUCGACAAAUCAACACAAGACGAGGAGGCGUGGCGAAAUCAGCUUUUUCCCUCCAGUUUGUUGAGCUUUAAAUAUAUCUCUAUUAAACACACUUAGCACUUAAAAGACUUGAAGUUCUUCACGUGUUGUUUGACGCCUUCGUCUUAGAGUCCUGCACUUAAAAAACUAAAACCUUAUAGCGUUUUUGAAUAUGUUGCCACUUUCCAACCUUUACAGCAGUGACAGUUUAACUUGGCUUAUGUUCAAACGAUGAACACGCAGAAUAAAACGUCCUCUGCAGCUGCUGCAUAAAUUCCUAUGUGAGGUGUUGCUGAAGGAGAUUCUUUGUUUGUGAAUGUUUGAUGUGGACGGGGAGGGGGAUUUCUCUGCACUACAUUAUUUAGUGAAAACCUUCAGAAAUGUGAUGGAGGAUGAAAUCUUUUCAGCUUGAUUUUGGUUACCACCUCCUGUUAUAAGAGAACACCCAGCAGGGGGUAAUAAGAUUACCCUGAAACCUUCUGUGGUUUUAGUUCUGUUGUCACAGUUUUACUUCGACAUGUCCCAUAAUCUUUACUAUUUUUUAUAUAAUUGUUAGUUCUUUGCAUUCAUUUCUCCUCCAAGAUUAUACAAAUUGUUGCUAGUUGACAUUUUGAAUAAUCGGUGGAGUAAAGACUGAAUGAAAUGAUCCCCUUUUACAUUUUCUUCAAGUUGGGUUUUCAUGUCGACCCUAAAUGAAAAUUUCAAUACAUUUUUUUUAGUUUCUUGUAUAACUGUGAGAGAGAUUGUGUAUUUCAGUGAACUCGACUAUUUUGAAAAAAAAAAUACUGCAUAUGGUCUGUAGAAAUAAAUUAUUCAAAGAUGUUUA